UACAGAAUCGGUGCUGUUGCUUCGUGGCGGUGGUGCGUGUUUAACUGGAGAGAGGCAGAGGCUGCGUUCACGAUACUUCUUUGCUGGCUAGAUUUCAGAGGGGCUCUGCGCCUGACAUCACCAGUCUAUGCAGACUGCGCUUGGUCAGUUUUGGGAGAUUUAUGCGUGCAGACCCGUGUCACUUGACGUAAGGCCUGCGCAGACUUUUAUUAUAGAUAACUUGAACCACUCAGAUUGGAGAGAAGGCAACGCAAGACGCAAGGCAUAAAAUGGCUUUAAACCUCACCAUCAAUUCCAACAACCCGCCUCUGGGAGUGCUGCUUGCUGCUGAGCACGUGAAGUCGUUUGUCAGCAUAUCUGUUGAAGAGGGCAAAGAAACCAGCCUGCGGGUCACCGAUAAGGUGCACUUCAGUGAUGUGAACUCCAUCGCUCGCUACCUGGCUCGGGUCACCCCGGCUCUCGGGCUCUACGGCUCCAACCUGCUGGAGCAGACUGAGGUUGACCACUGGCUGGAGUUCAGUGUGAAGCGUCUGUCUGUCCCUGCCCAGCUGGACUCUGCAGUCCGGGAGCUUGACAGCGCCCUCUCUCUGCGAACUUUCCUGGUGGGGAACUCCCUGACCCUGGCUGACCUCUGUGCCUGGGCAUCUCUCAAAGGGAAUGGAGCCUGGCAGCAGCAGCUUUCUCAGAAACAGACUCUGGGACAUGUCAAGCGCUGGUACUGCUUCCUGGGAACGCAGGCUGCCUUCAAAUCCGUGGGCAGUAAGUGGGCGACCACAUCGACGCAGCAGAACGGAGUGCAGUCAUCAGAGAAGAAGCAGGAUGAGGGGAAGUUCGUUGAGCUGCCCGGAGCUGAGAUGGGGAAGGUGGUGGUGCGAUUCCCUCCAGAAGCCAGCGGCUAUCUGCACAUCGGCCAUGCCAAAGCUGCCCUGCUGAACCAGCACUACCAGGUGAACUUCAAGGGCAAGCUGAUCAUGCGGUUUGACGACACCAACCCCGAGAAGGAGAAGGAAGACUUUGAGAAGGUUAUCCUGGAGGACGUGUCUCUGCUGCAGAUCCACCCUGACCAGUUCACCUAUACCUCAGACCACUUCGACUCCAUCCUCAAGCUGGCAGAAAAGAUGCUGCGCGAGGACAAGGCCUACAUUGACGACACGCCCCCCGAGCAGAUGAAACAGGAGAGGGAGCAGAGGGUCGCGUCUCACAACCGCUCCAACUCUGUGGAGAAGAACCUGCAGAUGUGGGAGGAGAUGAAGAAAGGCAGUGAGUACGGACAGACGUGCUGCAUGAGGGCCAAGAUUGAUAUGAGCUCCAACAACGGCUGCUUGAGAGACCCAACCAUGUACCGCUGCAAGAAUCAGCCACACCCGCGCACAGGCAGCGAGUACAAGGUGUACCCCACGUACGACUUCGCCUGCCCGAUCGUGGACAGCGUGGAGGGAGUGACCCAUGCACUGCGCACCACAGAGUACCACGACCGGGACGAGCAGUUCUAUUGGUUCAUCGAGGCCCUGGGAAUCCGCAAGCCCUACAUCUGGGAGUACGCCAGGCUCAACCUCAACAACACACUGCUCUCCAAGAGGAAGCUUGCAUGGUUUGUGGACCAGGGCUUUGUGGAAGGCUGGGAUGAUCCUCGAUUCCCCACAGUCAGAGGGGUACUCCGGAGAGGCAUGACUGUCGAGGGGCUCAAGCAGUUCAUCGCUGCCCAAGGUGGUUCCAGGUCUGUUGUCAACAUGGAGUGGGACAAGAUCUGGGCAUUCAAUAAGAAGGUGAUCGACCCGGUGGCACCCCGUUACACAGCUCUGCUGAAAGAUGAGGUCAUCCCUGUCAACAUCCCCGCGGCCACUGAGGAAUACAAAGAGGUGGCCAAGCACCCCAAGAACGCAGAGGUGGGGGUGAAGCCGGUGUGGUAUGGGCCUCGUGUCCUGGUGGAGGGGGGCGAUGCAGAGACCUUCAAAGAGGGAGAGACCGUUACCUUUAUAAACUGGGGCAACAUUGUCAUCACAAAGAUACACAGAGAUACGAGUGGGCACAUUGUGUCCCUGGACGGUCAGCUGAAUCUGGAGAACCGCGACUACAAGAAGACCACCAAGAUCACAUGGUUAACAGAGACCCCCCGAGCCCCACUGGUACCCACCGUGUGUGUCGUCUAUGAUCACCUCAUCACCAAGCCUGUGCUGGGCAAAGAGGACAACUUCAAAGACUACAUCAACAAGAACAGCAAGAUAGAGGAGAGGAUGCUGGGAGACCCAUGCCUGAAGGAUCUGAAGAAAGGUGAUGUCAUCCAGCUGCAAAGGAGGGGCUUCUACAUCUGCGACCAGCCCUACGAGCCAAUCAGCCCAUACAGCUGCAAGGAAUCCCCAUGCGUGCUGCUGUUCAUCCCGGACGGACACACUAAGGAGAUGCCCACUGCCGGCUCCAAGGAAAAGAGCAAAGCUGAGGCCAGCAAGAAAGGGGUGAAGGUACAUGCACAGUCUCUGAGCAACCCAGCCCCGUCCACACUGCCCCAAGCUGGUCAGGAGGACCCUGCAGCUCUGCUCAACCAAGUCACAGCGCAGGGGGAGGCAGUCCGGGAUCUCAAGGCCAAGAAAGCUCCCAAAGAGGAGAUCGAUGCUGCCGUCAAGCAGCUUCUGACUCUCAAGACGGAGUUCAAAAACAAGACUGGACUGGACUACAAGCCAGGCAUGGCCCCUCCCAGCCCUGCCCUCUCACAGACAGUCCCUGCCCCCACACAGACCGUCCCUUCCUCCAGCCCCACCUCCUCCUGCCCCUACGAAACAGUGACUCAGCAGGGAGAGCUGGUCAGGAAACUCAAAGCAGAGAAGUCACCCAAGGAUCAGAUUGAUGCUGCAGUUAAGCAACUGCUGGCUCUGAAGGUGGAGUUCAAACAGAAGACUGGGUUGGACUACAAACCAGGCAUGGCCCCUCCCAACCCUGCCCCUACACAGACAGCCCCCGCCUCCUCCAGCCCUGCCUCCUCCAGCCCCGCCUCCUCCAGCCCCGCCUCCUCCAGCCCCGCCUCCUGCCCCUACGAGUCAGUGGCUCAGCAGGGAGAGCUCGUCAGGAAGCUCAAGGCAGAGAAAGCUCCCAAGGACCAGAUUGACGCUGCUGUCAAGCAGCUUCUGGCUCUCAAGGUGGAGUUCAAACAGAAGACUGGGCUGGACUACAAACCAGACAUGGCCUCUCCCAGCCCUGCCCCUACACAGAUAGCCCCCGCCUCCUCCAGCCCCACCUCCUGUCCCUACGAGUCAGUGGCUCAGCAGGGAGAGCUGGUCAGGAAGCUCAAGGCAGAAAAAGCUCCCAAGGACCAGAUUGACGCUGCCGUCAAGCAGCUUCUGGCUCUCAAGGUGGAGUUCAAACAGAAGACUGGGCUGGACUACAAACCAGGCAUGGCCCCUCCCAGCCCUGCCCCUACACAGACAGCCCCCGCCUCCUCCAGCCCUGCCUCCUCCAGCCCCGCCUCCUGCCCCUACGAGACAGUGGCUCAGCAGGGAGAGCUCGUCAGGAAGCUCAAGGCAGAGAAAGCACCCAAGGAUCAGAUUGACGCUGCCGUCAAGCAGCUUCUGGCUCUCAAGGUGGAGUUCAAACAGAAGACUGGGCUGGACUACAAACCAGACAUGGCCCCUCCCAGCCCUGCCCCUACACAGGCAGCCCCCGCCUCCUCCUCCAGCCCCUCCUCCUGCCCCUACGAGACAGUGGCUCAGCAGGGUGAGCUGGUCAGGAAGCUGAAGGCAGAGAAAGCACCCAAGGACCAAAUUGACGCUGCCAUCAAGCAGCUGCUGGUUAUGAAGGCAGAGUUCAAACAGAAGACUGGUCUGGACUACAAACCAGGCAUGGCUCCUCCCACACAGACAACGCCCACUCCCAGCCCCGCCCCUUCACAGACAGCCCCCGCCUCCAAAGGGAGCCCGGCCGACACCCCCGAAGCCCAGGCUCUCUUCAGCAAGAUAGCUGAGCAGGGGGAGCAGGUCAGGAAGCUCAAGGCAGAGAAGUCACCAAAGGACCAGGUGGAUGCUGCAGUGAAGUCCCUUCUCGACCUGAAGGCUCACUAUAAGACUCUGAGUGGGGCCGAGUACAAGCCAGCCCCCGGGGCUGGCGGGGCAGACAAGAAGAGGAAAGAGAAGGAGAACCAGUCUGAGAAACAGAGCAAGAAGCAAGGAGGAGAGGCACGGCGAAGCAAAGAGCCAUCGAGGGAGCAGGACAAGAGCACAGAGUCUGGGAGAGCAGGGGAGGGACAGGGCCCUAAGAAACAGACACGGUUGGGUCUGGAGUUUAAGAAGGAGGAGAAUCUGGCAGACUGGUACUCGCAGGUGAUCACCAAGGCGGAGAUGAUUGAGUACUAUGACGUGAGUGGCUGCUACGUGCUGCGGCCCUGGGCCUUCGCCAUCUGGGAGGCCAUCAAGAGCUUCAUCGACACGGGGAUCAAGAAGCUGGGUGUGGAAAACUGCUACUUCCCCAUGUUCGUUUCUCAGGCCGCUCUGGAGAAGGAGAAAUCACACAUCGCUGACUUCGCACCCGAGGUUGCCUGGGUAACUAGAUCUGGAAAAACUGAGCUGGCAGAACCCAUUGCUGUCCGCCCCACGAGUGAAACGGUCAUGUACCCAGCCUAUGCCAAGUGGGUGCAGUCCCACAGAGAUCUACCAAUCAAAUUGAACCAGUGGUGUAACGUGGUGCGGUGGGAGUUCAAGCACCCCCAGCCGUUCCUGCGCACCCGGGAGUUCCUGUGGCAGGAGGGGCACACCGCCUUUGCCACGCAAGAGGAGGCUGCUGAGGAGGUGCUUCUGAUCCUGGAACUGUACGCUCAGGUGUACGAGGAGCUAAUGGCCAUUCCGGUGGUGAGGGGCCGCAAGACGGAGAAGGAAAAGUUUGCCGGGGGAGAUUACACCACCACAGUGGAGGCCUUCAUUUCUGCCAGCGGCAGAGCCAUCCAGGGCGCCACCUCUCACCACUUGGGUCAGAACUUCUCCAAGAUGUUUGACAUCACAUUUGAGGACCCAAAGCGGCCAGGAGAGAAGCAGUUUGUCUUCCAGAACUCAUGGGGGCUGACGACCCGCACCAUCGGGGUGCUCACUAUGGUGCACGGGGACAACAUGGGUCUGGUGUUGCCGCCCAGGGUGGCCUGUUUGCAGAUCAUUAUCAUCCCCUGUGGGAUCACUGCCUCCCUCCCCGAGGAGGAACGGGACACACUCCUCGUUAAAUGCUCUCAGUAUCUGGACAGACUCCAGAAGAUCGGGAUCCGGGCCAAGGCUGACCUCCGAGACAACUACUCUCCCGGCUGGAAGUUCAAUCAUUGGGAGCUCAAGGGUGUCCCGGUGCGUGUGGAGGUAGGACCUCGUGAUAUGAAGGGAGGUCAGUUUGUGGCGGUGCGCAGAGACACAGGAGACAAGCUGACCAUCAAGGAGGAUGAGGCAGAGAACAGGAUAGGAGACCUGCUGGAGGAGAUCCAGACUAACCUGUACACCAGGGCGUCCAAUGACCUGAAGAAACACAUGGUUGUUGCCGACUCGAUGGAGCUGUUUCAGAAAGAACUGGACCAGGGCAAGAUUGUUCAGAUUCCGUUCUGCGGUGGGAUUGAGUGUGAGGAUUGGAUCAAGAAGACCACUGCAAAGGACCAAGAUCUGGAGCCUGGAGCACCCUCUAUGGGAGCCAAGAGUCUCUGCAUCCCCUUCAAACCCCUGCAGGAGCUGAAGGCUGGACAGAUGUGUGUGAGUGGCAAGGAGCCUGCCAAGUACUACACGCUGUUCGGACGCAGCUACUGAGGAGACAGCAAGCCCUACUGAGACAGACCAGUCCAGUCCUCACUCUGGUUCACUAAUGUCAGAUACGCACUAGUCCUGCACCCAGGCCUGUUUUUUUACAGCUCCCCUUGAAUUUAAGCAAUCAGUCCUCCUGUUAAACCUGUCCCAGACUGACUACACUUCAUCAUAGUGCAUGAAUAAGUCUCAUCAGAGUAAGUUUACUAAUAGAAGUUGUUCCUGUAGCUGUAUUUAAAAAGGGGUGUGGUUGCUCUGAUUAGUUUUAAUAAUACACUUCAUUGAGGGUAGCUCUGAAACCCAGGACAGGGUGGAAGGCUAGCGUGGGUUUCAAAUCUUGCCAUUGUUAAUAUUAUUAUUGUUGUUUUAGGGGGCAGAUCCCAGGGCUCAGCAAUAUUUAUGUAACCCUAGUGUUAACAUUCCUGACCCAAGGAGAAGUAGCUCUACAAUAGCAACACAUUGGUGUGUUUUAAUGGACAAACCCGCUCUCUGCUAAAUCUCUUGUGUAGACCCUAACCCACCCCUCUUCAAACUGGUUGCUAAAGCAGAACGCGAACAGGUGUUUUAUCAGUCAGUUUAAGCUCAAUAAUAAAGAAGUGAUUAUAAAAUACA